AGAGAUGUUUGAGGCGCGGGUACCUGUCAACUGCCCCGUCUGCCACGAAAGCAUGCACCCAUCAGAUGUACAUCGAAUCGUGGACAACCCUGUGCUGUACGAGAAAUAUGAAGAGUUCUCGGUGCGGCGCGCGCUCGCCGCCGACCCCGACACGAGGUGGUGCCCCGCGCCCGACUGUAGUUUCGCGGUGGUGGCAACUGGGUGCGCGUCGUGCCCGAAGCUUACGUGCCUGGCACCGGGUUGCGGCGCGUCAUUCUGCUACCACUGCAAGGCGGCCUGGCAUCCCACGCAGACUUGCGACGCCGCGCGCCGCAGCCGCCAGCCGCCGCCGCGCGCGCCGCAGCCCUCGCACACAGACCUCGACCACGGCGAAGUGAAGCCGUGCCCGCGCUGCUCGGUGCUGAUCGUGAAGGUGGAGGACGGCUCGUGCAACCACAUGGUGUGCUGCGUGUGCGGCGCCGAGUUCUGCUGGCUCUGCAUGAAGGAGGUCUCCGACCUGCAUUACCUUAGCCCGAGCGGCUGCACGUUCUGGGGCAAGAAGCCGUGGUCGCGCAAGAAGAAGCUUCUCUGGCAGCUGGGCACGCUCGCGGGCGCGCCGCUGGGCAUCGCGGUCGUGGCCGGCGUGGCGCUGCCGGCGCUGCUGGUGGGGCUGCCGCUGUGGGCCGGCCGCCGCGCGCACCGCCGCCUGCGUCGUGCUCCGCCCGCCCGCCGUCGUGCUGCUGUAGCCGCUGCCGUUGCUGCUGCUCUGGUGGUGUCCCCGCUGGUGGCGGGUCUGGCGGUGGGCAUCGGCGUGCCGAUCCUGCUGUUCUACGUGUACGGCGUGGUGCCGGUGUCGCUGUGCCGCGCCGGCGGCUGCGGGCCCCAGCCGCCGCCGCCGCGCUUCGACGACGCGCCCGACCUCGACGCCGCCUCGCGCCGCCUCGAGCCCAGCAUCGGUGACGCAUCGCUGUCGGCGGGCUCGCACCACGCGGAGCUGCGCGCGCCGUCGCUGGCGGCGCUGGCGGGCUCGCUGGGCGGCCACGACGCGCCCUCGCCCGCCGCCGCGCGCCUCGACGUGGCCGACGUGGCGCCCGACGCCGCCUCCGCCGCGUCCGCCGCGUCCUGGCCCGACGACCUGCCGUCCACGUCCUCGCGAGCCGCGCGCCUCCGCUCGCUGUUCCUCUACGGCUCCGCUGCGCCACCCGAACCCGACCCCGAGGCACCGCCGCCGCCGCCGCGACCCGCCGCGUAACCUUGGCUGAGACGAUUCGGAAUGACUGCUAUCGUUUUUAUACUUAACAGUUGGCACCCCCGGCGAUUGACAAGACCUCGCCACAGUGGCGCCAUCUUGAUGAGCGCAAAUGCGAUAUUCCUCCUACCAUUUUCGCGCUCACCAGCCGGCGCCACUAUCUUCGCUACUAGCAAGUGACAGGACCUUACUCUACAGAGGCGCCAACUGGUGAGCGCUAAAACGAUAGCCUCAUUGUAACGGGACAAUUGACGUCGUAAUAAGAAUAUCAGUGAUCUAUGUCCGGUUUGAAUGAACGCAGCUCACCGGUUCGAUUAUGAUAUGUGAUCGACGCCUCGGCGAUACGUCCGCCGCGACCGCGCUCCGGCUCCGGACGUUUGAAGUGAAAAUGAUUUGAAAUCGAUCGAAAUACUCUAUACGUAAUUUCUCCGUUGUGUAAAAAGAUGAUUGAUAGUUUUAUUGAGAGUUAGAAAGCAGAAGCGAGAUGCGUUUUGCGCUGACGCACCGCACUCUAGUCCCGCAGUCCGAUGAGUAUGUUUCUAAAGCCGCAGUGGAGAACGUAGAUGUGACGCGAAUGGAAAUAAUAUUAAUGAAUCGUGCAACGACAGAUGUGCCCUAGUGCGGACGCCGCUUCCCGGAGUAUACUAGCGUAGUGAACAUGAUGAGGUCGCAUGCUCCCCGUCUCUCGAUAGAGUAUUCGUCCACUGAUGCACCAAUCUUUGUGCCAAUAUAAGAGUGUAUCGAUUCGAAGUAAGCACACGACUAGAUAAGUAUUGUAAGGCCCCAAUCUGAAGUUGGCAGCCCCGCUACGAUAGAUGCUUCGCGCUUACAGUGCAGUGUUACUCUAUCCGAUAUUUGUGAUACUUUGAAUAAUAAUUACUAUUAAUGAUCUAAAUUAUUUAAUUUUUCACGUUUGUAGGCAAAAAGUAAUGUUAAGUGAUAAUUAUUACGUUAUGUGAAUUAUAUAAAAUGUAAACUAUGAUUAAAAUGUGAUUAAAUCUAUCAUUUCUUUUAUUAUAUUAUACUGAAUGAAUUCCUCAAUAAUUAUUCUUAUCGGUCUUCUUUACUAGUAAAGGAGACGUGGUAAAAUAAAAAAAAAAUGUGACUACUUGUUUCUUAACAUCUUUAUUUUAUGUUUGGACGAUUAUACAAUACACCCAUAUUUCAUAGGAUUUAGUAGGCAACGCUCCUACAAAAAUAUUUUACAUAGAAUUAUAUUUUUAGACAUACAGUACUUACUUAGUUUGAAACACACUUAUUGUUUCUAUAAUUCAACAAUGUCAUAUUUCGUAUAGCAUAUUUUAUCGUAUAGCAUAGGCUAUCAUUAAUUCAUUUUAAUAAUAAUAUUAUAUUUACAAAGUUAAAUGAAGCUCAUAAUAUUACUUUUUACAAAUGUUGUAGAAAUACGGCUAAAUUGGUGCCUUUUUUGGUAGAAAAUUGUAUUCAAUCAAUUUUUAUUUUAUAAGCCAAAAUUUUAUUUUAUAACAAAAACUGCAAUAUUAUAAAGUCUUUAAUUAAAAAAACUUAGUUUUUUUGUUUCAAUUAUAUCAAAAGAAUAGAAUACACUUUGCAUUCUGGAAUGUCAUGGACAACCCUGAUUCUAAUGAACAUACAGACUUCGAAUUUAAAUAUUUUUUACGAAAUACAUUCACAAUAAUAAACAACGAAACUGACUAAUACGUAUUAUAUUAAGGUGUAACGCUCUUUUGUGAAAAUCUAAAAUAUUAAUAUAACAUUGUUUUGACUAAAACACUUGUCUUUUUCCCUCACAGCAAUAUUUACAUUGAGAGAAACUGACAAAGCAUUUAUUCGGUAAAACAGUACUAUAACGCUCUAAACAAAAUUAAUAAACGGUACGAUGAUAAUAUUAAAAUAAUAAUGAAUAUUAUCUAGUAAUAACAAGCACUCAUAAAUAUAAAAAAAACAUAACUUCUAACUAAUAAAUAAACAAAAUGCAAAUUAAUAUUUGUAAAUGUUGUAAAUAAAUGUAAUAAGUACCUACAUGAGAGCAUACAUAUUACCGGCAGUGUACACAAAAAUUCACAGAAUGCUGAUCCUUAUUAUCUGUCAAGAAAUAUAAAAAUAAUCAUAAAUACAUAUUAACAGGUUCUAAGUUGGCUACACAAAUUCAGUGUUGUAUAAUUUGCUGUGAUAUUAUAAUGGAAAGGUUAAUUUUAACUUGGUUAGCUCUUGACAAUUUUAACUGCAUGUGCGUAGCUUGACCAAAAUAUUUAUGCGGGCGUAAAAAUAAAAUAGCCAAUUAUUGAAAAUAAAGAAGAUUCAUUACCUUAAACAACUAUAUUAAUGUUUAAUCUGCUUCAUGCAUAAUAUAUAAAUAAAUAAUAUACAGGGUAGCUAAAACAUAUCACAUUACGCUUAUUAUUUCUAAAAAUAUACAUAAAAUAUAUUGACAGGUAAGGUAUUUACAAAUUUUAAAAAUAUUUUGGCUUUUGGAACUGGAAUAAGUUAUUGUUUUAACAUAAAUGCGAUAAUGAGCGGCCCUUAUAAAUAGGGACUUAAAAGAUGCGGCGUUAUUUUAUAUUGAAUCAUUUACUGAUGUGCCUUUAAUGGUCAUCACGGCUAGCGAAGCUGCGUGAGUGAACGUAAUGGAAGAGAAACCGUACGGAAAAUUUAAUACAUACUUCAAAUAAAGGAAGGGGUAUAAUCACACAAUAGAUUCACAAUCAUCCAUUCUAAAUAACAAUAAUUAACAAUAUUUUUUUCUACUCUUUUAUGUUUCUCCUUACUUAAUUUAUUUAAAUCGUUUUAUAUGCCAAUUGACCCCCUUAUAUUAUUUUUUAUAUUUACACAACAAAUUUUUUUUUGGAUACUCAACACUACCAAAUCUGUGCAAAACUACAUCUUUUUACCAAAAGAGUCUAUUCAUCAAGCAAGUUCUGAAAAAAAUAUCUUAAACAGACACGUAUCUGUACCCACACGUGAAUGAUGUUGACCUUAGAAUGAGUCUGUAUUCAUUUGCCUUUUACUGAACC